ACGCAGCUCACUGCAUGAACAAACCUCAUUCAACCGCCGAAUCGAGUCCUCUCCAACACCUGCGUUCUUCACUCACAGACCGUGGUACUUUACCCCGCGCCGUUGCCAGCAGUUUGGAUCGACAAAUCUGAACUGCCGACCAGCUGCCGACGGAUUGAUUGAUUGAGCUGUUUUUAUUCCUGGUCGCGGCACAUUAUUCGAUUUCCCUGUUGAAUUCCUCUCUGGCGAGGAUUCCUUACUUGCACCAGACGUACACCACGCACGCCGUGGUACCUCAAGUCAUCAUGCAUCUCCUCCUCAACGUUCUAGCGACAUCUCUAGCGCUAGCCGCCCCGUCACUCAGCCAAGGCAUCACAGCAACGCCAACAAUCGAGUCAGUGUCCGGAUGCCCCGCCGUGGUGUCGACGACACACGUCUGCUCGACGUGCAUGACGAUACAGUGCGUGGCGUCCGUGACCAUCACUGCGGGUUGCGGCACCUGCCCGGCGUCGCCUCCCACCAUCUACCGCGGGUACCCCUGCGAAGAGGGCUGUUCGGCCCUGACCGGGUGCAAGCCUGUGUACACGGUCGUUACGGCUGCUGCUGGUGAAGGGGGUGAAUGUGAGUUUGCUGCUACUGCUACUACCACUUCUACUGCAAUUUCAAGUGGUGCCGCGACCGGGUCUGGUACUACUACUGCUGCUACUUCUAUGUCGUUUGGGGAGCAAAGUUCUGUCACGGGCACUGGGUCCACUGCGGGCUCCGGGCCUGCGUCCACCGGGCCGGUUAGCGUUAAUGCCGCGGCCCGGAGGGUGGCGCUGCCGAUGCGGCUGUGGUAGUGGGGUUCAUGCGGGGUACCGUGGACUACCGUGGAUACCCAGUUGAUAACCGUGUCGUGUUGGGUUUGCGACUUGACCGCGAUGCUUUAUUUUUAACGAGAGGAGUUGGAUUGAGGCUUCGGUUUGAUGGGUUCGGUGUGUCUUCUGGAAGUUGAGAAAAGGGUAUUUUACUCUUUCCCUCUCAUCUUGGAAGGCAAGCGGGAUACCUGGGU